AUGAGCUCUACAAUCGACCUGGGUAAGAGCAUUUUUCAAACUCAGGGCUCGAGCUUGAAUCUUACCUUACGUGCUUCAGCGGUGAUGGCCCUACCCCCGGAGUCUACCCUUUCAAGAAGCUCUAAGGAUGCUGAAGAAUUAUUUCGCUCUGGAGGCUUAUGGGUGAUACAAGCACCCGAACUGAAGCUACAUAUUUGUAUCACUGCAGGGCCAGAAGUGACGCACUGUGCUUCAGCAUUUUCCUCGAAACUCGGGCAGGUCCUCUGCAAUUCAAAGCUUUGGGUGGAUCUAGGUCUUGCUGUUAUCUUCAAAAGCUGCGACCAUGUCGUUGGACCAAACCAUUCAACCAUCUUCCAGCUCUCUUUUGGGCUUUGCAGGAGGACAAAACACUCCACGUUCUCGAAAUCCUUACGACUACCAGCUGAGAUGCGAUGCUACAAUGAGGCCAUACCACCUAUCGAUAUCCCCACUGCUUACCUGGCUACAAUCAACGUCUCUUUGGAGUAUAAUUACUGCUCUGAGAGUCCACAACCAUAUAUAUCCUGUGGCCCGAUGACACCAAAACUCCUAGAACCGCUACAAUAUCCAAUAGAUAAAGAUGAGAACCUGGAAGAUGAUAUCCUAGACGAACAGUGUCUCUAUUUCAACUCCUUACCGCAGCCAUCAAACAUGGCUACUUUUAAAAAUGGUGUAUCGAUAUUCGUGGAGGAACUUGAACAAUUGAAUGAAGAAUGGAAUAAUCCUCCCGAAAAACACAUGAAUGAAGAGACAUUUCAAUGGGAAAGUAAUGGGACUCAGUCCGUCCAAGACUUCCACACAUUAUUUGAUACUGGUUUUCGAGCCCUGAUUUUCCAAUAUCCGUCGCCUGCCGAUAAAAGAUCCAAAAGAUCGAAAAAGGAACGGUCACAAUGUCUCUCUGAAAUUGCUCCUGCUGUGUUUAGUCGUGGUUAUCGUGAAGCCAUGAGCCAACGGUCCCAGUUUAUUCCGUUGAUUGCGAAGUCCCUCAGUUCUAUCCUGGACAGAACCACCGAUCCAAACUUGCUGCCGAAGAUUUCCGCUCUCAAGUCGUUAAACCAUUCACGAUCAGAAGGCCUACCUCCUUCGAACGCGAUGGAUACAAGAAACGCAAUAAAAUCGUCACUUUGGAGUAUCGCCCAAAAGCAACUCUAUAACCCAAAAGCCUCAAGAAAUCUAAGCCCAUUGGAAACUGCACCCAUUCACGAUGAAGAGCACCCUACGCUUGAGGGCUCCUUGCUCGCGGUCUCCAUCACAGACGAAGCAGACUAUGCAUGGGAUGGAGACGAAGAUGACACACUAAACUAUGACUCAGACUCUCUAGACCCCCAAGAGCAUUUCGAAAUCUGGGAAACAGAAAACGGAGACGACACUCUUAUUUCCCUAGCAGAAGAUCACUCAAUUGGCAUGCUGGAUGGGAACAAUACCGACGACGACCAGAUAGAAACACAAGACACAACGUUAUGUACCCCGGAGAAUGCAGAUCAGAUCGUUUCAUAUCUAUCACCGACUCCCUUUGACGAUGGGCCACUGUGUCAGUCUGGUCUAAGUGAUAGCGAAAUGCUCGCUUCUGACCCGUUUGACGAGGCCAUUUCGAGUCCGUAUUUCUGUCUAAAUGGGCUAGACCUCAUGGAUGAGGUGGCAGGCUUUGAUGAGGAUCUUGAUGAUAUGUUGUGUGGUUAA